AUGAGCAUUAGUCCACAGCCAGCUAAUUUGCCCGAUUACAACGCAAAUGAUCUCGGCUUCUUUGCUUCUCUGCAGUCAUUACAGCACAAAAAGAAAGCCAAAACGAUUGAGAACCUCGUUGACAACGUCGACGCCGCUUUCAAACAGCUAGACUUCUCCACUAUUGACAGAGUUUUUGUCACGAUGCAGUCCGUACUACAAGUUUCCAUGGAUGUGAACGGCAGCAACAAGUACAAGAUUCCCCAUCUGUUCAAGCGUCAGAUAGAGAAGAGAAAUGACUUGCUCCCUCGCUCCUUACCUUGCAGUGCGCUAGUCCCAAUGCUCGGGUUGUCUUGCAAGACAGGAGUUCCUUUGAGGAGAAGUGGUGACGGUGAUGUCGCCACCCCGACCUCAUCCAGCCUGUCUCUCUCUUUCGAGGAGGAGGAGAAGGGUGAGACGCCGAGCGUCUGUGACGUCGAGGACGUCGCACGAGGUGUCCAGAGUGCCCUGUGGUGA